UGUACGGCCGUGGGGCAGCCCCGGCAGUCCCUGGGUCAGGAGAGGUGCUGACAAGGCGGGGCAGACGCUGGGCUUCUCCGGCUUUACCCCUCCCGCUGAGGACAGGUGGCUGCAGCGCGCCCCGCCUCCGCCAGCUGCGAGUGAGAACCAGGGAGGGCCAGUCCGGGACGGCCACCGCCAGCUGCGAGUCGGGGGACAGCUCGGUCUAGUGCGGGACAGCCGGCCGAAGGGUCCGGCAGCGGCAAACCAGUAUCCUGGCGGCCAAAAAAAUGCUCCUGUACCGAGGGGCCCCCGCGGGCCCCGGCGCGCUGGGCGGCGGACUGGCCCGGCCGGGCAGCGUCCCGCAGGCCUUCGGGAUCCGCCUGAGCACGAUGAGCCCCCGCUACCUCCAGAGCAACUCCAGCAGUCACACGCGACCCUUCAGUGCCAUCGCGGAGCUGCUAGAUAAUGCUGUAGAUCCAGAUGUAUCUGCCAGGACUGUCUUUAUAGAUGUUGAGGAAGUCAAGAAUAAACCUUGUUUGACCUUUACUGAUGAUGGAUGUGGGAUGACACCUCACAAACUCCACCGGAUGCUCAGCUUUGGCUUUACAGAUAAAGUAAUAAAGAAGAGCCAGUGUCCCAUCGGGGUCUUUGGUAAUGGUUUCAAGUCGGGUUCCAUGCGGCUAGGAAAAGAUGCUCUUGUCUUCACCAAGAAUGGAAAUACUCUCGCUGUCGGACUUCUGUCACAGACCUACCUGGAGUGUAUCCAGGCCCAGGCAGUCAUUGUCCCAAUUGUCCCAUUCAGCCAGCAAAGCAAAAAAAUGAUUGUUACUGAAGAUUCUUUACCGAGCCUAGAAGCCAUCUUGAACUAUUCAAUUUUCAACAGUGAAAAAGACCUGCUGUCUCAGUUCGAUGCUAUCCCAGGGAAAAAAGGCACCCGUGUUCUCAUUUGGAAUGUCCGCAGAAACAAAGAUGGAAAGUCUGAGCUGGACUUUGAUACAGAUCAAUAUGAUAUCCUGGUAUCAGACUUUGAUGCUGAAGAAAAAGACAUCAAUGGUGUUACCUCCGAGCUGCCAGAAACAGAGUAUUCCUUACGAGCAUUUUGUAGUGUUCUAUAUAUGAAGCCCCGGAUGAAGAUUUUUCUGCGGCAAAAGAAGGUGACUACCCAGAUGAUUGCUAAGAGCCUUGCUGAUGUGGAACAUGAUAUAUAUAAAUCUCCCUUCACGAAUAAGCAGGUGAAAAUCACAUUUGGAUUCUCUUGCAAAUAUCAUAACCAGUUUGGAAUAAUGAUGUAUCAUAACAACCGCCUUAUCAAGGCCUUUGAGAAGGUGGGCUGCCAGUUAAAGCCAACUUGUGGAGAAGGUGUGGGAGUAAUUGGAGUCAUUGAGUGCAAUUUCCUAAAACCUGCCUACAACAAACAAGACUUUGAGUACACCAAGGAGUACCGGUUGACAAUGAGUGCUCUUGCCCAGAAACUCAAUGCUUAUUGGAAGGAAAAAACAUCUCAAGAGAAUUUUGAGAACUUACCUAUAUCCAGGAAGAUUCCUGACCAGACAUGGGUACAGUGUGAUGAAUGCCUCAAGUGGAGGAAACUUCCUGGAAAGGUGGAUCCAUCCACAUUACCUGCAAGAUGGUUUUGUUACUAUAAUCCCCAUCCAAAAUACAGGAGAUGCUCUGUUCCAGAGGAACAAGAACGCAUGGAAGACUUAUACCUGAGCAAGGCUAAGCAACACAAUGAAACUGUUGAGAAGAAGCAGCAGCCCGUGGAAGGUGACAAGCACCAGGUCCUCAGCAAUCCACUAAAGACUCCCACUACACAAGAGAUGGGUAAACUAACUGACAAGACGAUGGGCUGUGAGCAAAUCAAUAGCCCCAGGCUGCUUUCAUCUGGUGGGGAAGAAAACAGAUCACCUCUUCAACUUAAGUCUCCGGAUUCCAGUGUUUUCCAGUUUUCCAGUAAGUACAAAUUGAUGCUCGGUGAGGAGCCUGUGGAGAAACGAAGGAGACUCCAGAGCGAGAUGAUACCGUCUCCUAUAGAUUACUCCAUGUCCAGUCCUUACAGGAGGGCAGAAGCAGCUGCGGCCUACCCAGAAGGAGACAACAGCCAAGAUCAAUUCAGUUCUGAGAGAAGUACACCACCAUACCUCCUACCAGAAUACCCAGAAGCAAACAAGAAUAUAGAGCAGAACCGGGAAGCUCCAGCACUUGGUCCAGGGGCCCAGGACCACGACCAGGAGUCCCUGCUUCCUGAAGAGCUAGAAGAUCAGAUGCCAAGAUUGGUAGCAGAAGAAUCUAACAGAAGUAGCAGCGAGAACAUAAACAGAGAAGUGAAUAAAGGGCCUUUCGUAGCUGUAGUCGGUGUUGCAAAGGGACUUACAGAUUCAGGAGCUCCCAUCCAGCUAAUCCCUUUUAACAGGGAGGAGUUUGUAGGGAGAAGAAAGGCAGCAGGAUCCCGGAAUCCUUAUUCUUCUGUGGCCCCUGCCCCAGCAGCCGCAGCAGGGAAAGGGAAAGGCUGCCAGGAAAGCGGAGGGCGCAACAUGCCAAAGAUCAAGAACCAGAAAGAAUUGGAGGAAUUGAAGAGAACCACGGAAAAACUGGAGCGUGUUUUGGCUGAAAGGAAUUUGUUCCAGCAAAAGGUAGAGGAGCUGGAACAGGAGAAGAAUCACUGGCAAUCUGAGUUUAAGAAAGUUCAACAUGAAUUGGUGACCUAUAGCACCCAGGAGACAGAAGGCUUAUACUGGAGCAAGAAGCAUAUGGGUUAUCGCCAAGCUGAAUUCCAGGUUCUGAAAGCCGAACUAGAAAGAACCAAAGAAGAGAAGCAAGAACUAAAAGAGAAACUGAAAGAGACAGAGACACACCUGGAAGUACUGCAGAAGGCCCAGGUCUCCUGCCGGAAGCCAGAGGGAGAUGACCUAGAAAGGGCUUUGGCAAAGCUUACGCGGCUACGUAUCCACGUCAGCUAUCUCCUUACUUCUGUCCUCCCUCACUUGGAGCUUCGUGAGAUCGGGUAUGACUCCGAACAAGUGGAUGGGAUCCUGUACACGGUGCUGGAGGCAAACCACAUACUGGAUUGAGCACCAGACUAUAUAUCCUCUCCUAGCUUUCUUGUCUCUGUUCUGCCUGUGUGCUGUAUGUCCUCCCUUGUCUCUCUCCUCCUUUCUUUCCCUCCCCAGCCUUUGUUUCUUUUUCACCUUUAUGCCUUAUAUCGAGAAUCUUUAAAUAAGUCCUGGUUCUUAAUCAGUGUGCUUCACAUUCAGUGUGGGUGAGGAGAAAGAGGCCCGUUAAAGAGCCGUUUAAGAGUCCAGGAAAAGAAAAAGCAAUAGUCACCAAGUUAGGUGGCCUGAAAGCUCUAAUUUUCAUGAUCUAGAUACUUGGCCUAUUUCAUGUUCUGGUAAUGGUUCGUGUUCAUUUAGGAUAAAUCGGUCAGCAAAUGUUGGGUCCAAUGUACCUGGUGGGAUAAAUCAGGCUUUCCAGCCCUGCCAAGGUUGAAACAAUCUAGUUGGAAGCACAAGUCACAGCAAGUUAACUAACGAUCCAAAGAAGGGUGUAGUGUGUGUGCGUGGUGGAAAGAUGACAGAGAAGAUGAAGAAGAGCAAUGUAAAGGAAGGCAGUGCACCAUAAGUGGGACCUAAACGAAGUGUCAAAGAGUGAGCAUGACAACACUCUCAAUCAUGCUUGUUGCUUAACUGGUAGGAUUAUGGUUGAUAGUUUUUCUCCUUCCUAUCUUCUUGCCCUUUUCAAAUUUUCUAUAGCAUUCUUGUUAUUCUUCUUACAUUGGAAAAUAAAUUGUUUUGAAAGCUAACAA